GGGAAUAGUGUCUCUAAGAUUUACCCAUAUAAAAGCAAAAAAAACCAAAAAACCCCGUCUCAUCAGUAAAGUCCUUUACCACAAAGCAAUGGCGGCAUCAGAGAAGGCAUUGAUUUACGGCGGGGACACACACUGCGCGCUGUCCAGCAAAGUUUUACGCGUCGUGGCGGCUCCAAAGGACUCGAAUUAUGUCAAUCUGAACGAAUUACUAGAGCUGAAACUGGGCGAGACGAAAGCGGUGCAAGUAAGCUUUAGCGGCCAGAAGGACACUAUCCAGUGCGUCCGGCUUCCUUCGGCGGAACAUCUGCCCAGUCUGACGCGCAAAUGUGUUAAUCUGGAAUGCUGGGAAAAUGGCACAACAAAGGGAGCAAGAGAAACGAAAACAGCUGGCUCUUCUGAAGCACCACGGCUCAGUCAUGGAAAGCUCACGGACUGUCCCCAGUUGUUGGAAGAGCUCGAAUCAGAGAGAACACCGGAAAAUUUCGGGAAGGAGACCCAAGUCCUCGACGAUGGUGAUUUACAGCGCACGGAUUUGUAUCUCAGCGAGAAAAGUGAGUCGGACGACGAAGUGAGUUUGGUGAUCCCGGAUUACUGCGUGCACGAGCUCGCCGAUGAUGAGGCUCACUACAUCACCACACACGAAAUUCAGCUCUCCGAACUCGACCACGACGUGGACUGCGACUUGGAAACAGCGUCCACUUGGGAUAUCGAUGACGACCAUCAGGUUUAUUCGUUCGUGGACUACGCAUCUGUGGACAGCGAUGAACCAACAGGAGUACCGGUGGAAAGCAACGAGGAGGCCGAGGCUCACAGGAGCCAUGCAGUGACAUGCAGCCAGACAGAAAGUGAUCCGGGCGCCACCUCAGACGAGAAAGCGCCCGAAUGCCAAGGCAAAAGCACCGGCCACAUUCACCUGUCAAUCAAAGCCACUUCCAGAGCAACGAGCAACGUCCGUGAAAAGGAUCAUCCUGGCAUUCAAACCGGAGACAUGAGCCGAAGUGUUUUAAAAGACACAAAGGGGGGAAAAGUAUGCGAUGGAGCAAAGUGUUUGAUCGCUCUGCCCGGGCGUUUGCACUUUGGCAGCAAAUUCAAAGGCAAAGAUGUGACCGGGUAUUCCAGCGGCACAUCCAGCGCUGUUAGUGAGUUGGAUGAUGCCGACAAGGAAGUGCGCAACCUCACAGCCAGAGCUUUCAGAAGUCUGGCCUACCCGUAUCUCGAUGCCAUCAAUUUCAGCACAUCCAGUGAGUCCUCGGCUUCAGAGCGCAGCAAAGGGCUCAACAGGUGGUCAGCACUUGUUGAUCUAAAGUAUGGCAACAUGAACGUGUCCAAAGGAGGCGGUCACAAUAUAGCGGCCCAUCAAAAUGCCUCGUCUAAUUUUCAGUUGGCAAAAAGGAGGGAGAGUAAAGGGAUAACGGGAUUAACUCUGACCAGUAGAAGGGCGCCCCCAGUCGAGAUAUUUGCCCUGAAUGGCAAUCUGGUGAACCCCAAAACCGCAUCGUCAACCAAAAGAAUUGAGCUCAUGGGCAAAAUUGGGCAGGGUCAGAGCGGAUUAAUAAGGCUCACUGAAACGCUGAAUUUUCGCUGCAACGUGAAAGCGGGUCCGCCUGCAAACGAGAGGCGCGUGAAAUCCGCCCGAACCGCCGGAGGAUCACGUUCCGCAGAUGAGGUUACAAACCCUCGGCAACAAGCGCACAGCAAACCACCGUGCAAUUCUGAGGACGCCAUGGAGGACGUGCAUAAGAAAUCCAUCUUUGCGUCGAGCAUACUGAAAAGCGUCAUUUCGAAGAAAAUGCAGUUCGAGCAGGAGCGCAAGAUGGAACGGGGAGAGAUCUGCGAGCCUGAAGCGCACCGAGACAGAGUUGCGCACACAGGACUGCACAGACAGAGCUCCAGACACUCCGAGACAGGCUCCGAGUUCAGUAUCGUGUGCCUGGAUGAACUCGGGGACAUCGGGGACAGCGGGUCCUGCGACACCAAGGACAGCGAGCGCCACGAAGAAACUCUCGCUCUGGCGUCGGAAACCAAAUUCGAGUCGCAAAACUGCGCGGCAUUCGACGCUAAAAAAGGAGCUGCAGACGCGUCCAGAGGCGCACUGAUUCGGAGCCAAAAUAGCGCUUUUAGAAGCUGGAGGGACGAAGAGCUGGACGUGCAAAGUGAGCGCAAAAACGAGCAAACGGACUCGACGAACAGCAAGCUGACAAAAAUGUCGCGCUUAUUUGUGCCAAGCAUCCAAUUCGUAUCCGGGCAGAGAGAGCUCGAGAAGCCUGAGCCAAGUAACAUAACAGAAGAGACGAGGAGGAUUAUGAACACUCUGUAUGUCUCAGAUGCAGCUCAAAAACCUGGAGAGUCCAAGUCACCAGAAAUUAAAAUAAGUUUACGGAGUCUACGAGACCACCGGAGCAACCCGUUCAGCAUUGCGAAGCUUCUCACACCUGGUACAAGUGGGUCGCUGAAAACAAGCGAGGAGUCCAAAUACCAAGCGCUCACUGCUGCACUGAAGGGAGACUCAUCAGACAGAAUCCCACACUUCACUGUUCGAGAUGUUCGAGACAAGGCAAAGCUUCAAGCGCCAAUACACCAGGUAAGGGACGUGCGCAAACUGGUGAAGAGUUCGUAUCACUUAGGGUCCUUGGACAACAACAGCACGGACAUGGAGCACAAGACCUCCAAACAGAACGCAUAUCGGAAUCCGACCACCCUCCCUCCUAUCGUGAUUAAGUGCCAGUCUGUGAACACGAAUAGUAAUACAAAGCAAUCUGAACAUUUCUCAGGUUCCUCGAAUCAUAGCCUGGUCGAGGAUAUCCAAGCGGCUGAUGGGUCACAUCCUCCUCAGGUGUCUAUAGAUGCCAUCAAUACGGGGUCGGCGCAAACAAGCAAACCGACUGACGGAGUGCUUUUAGCCCACAUAAAGCAGGAGGGAACCCCUGAAUUAAAAAUUGAGACAAAAACCACCACAAGGAAACAAGAAAAAGUGUGUGACCAAGAUGAGAAAAAGGCUGAUACCAAGAUGGUUGCUUUGGAGAAACUUCAGGCUGCUGUUAAGACAAUGGAACAACUUUAUGUGUUUGACAAAAAUGAGUGGAAGAGGAAAUCCGAGCCACAGCCAAUAACAGACAGCCAUGUGCUUUCUUUCCUGAGUAGCGAGCAUCACGGAGGUAAUGAGCAAGACCAGGGGAAUACUAGUUCUUCCUCAGUCACCAUGAAGCGAGACUCGUUCUCAAACUCAGAUAAGAUGGCAACUGCUGGACAACAAUCAACACGAAAAGAAGAGAAGGAAAUGUUUAAGACGUCACACACUCAAGCCAUCCAUGACAAAAGAAAGGACACUAAAACUCUGAUGCACCUUGGUGGAACUCCUCAUAAGAACAUUUCUAGCCUAAGCCACAGUCAGAAAUCUUUAGUUCCUGUCACAACAAGUUCAGUAAAGGCCCCGCGGAUGCAUGUCUCAUCCUCAGCAUCUGUUAGUUCUAUAGCUGUGAAGAACCCCAAGUCUCUCAAGCUACCAGUGUCUUUAAAUAUUACACAGUCAAAGCCAGUCAUGGAGAAGAGAGAAAAGCUAAGUAGCAAUGAAGGCAAAACCAGUAAGGCUGGAUUUGCCCCAGUUCAGUUCAUGUCUUCGGUUGAUUCAGAGAAUUACAUAACCAUACCUGUGAAACCUUAUGCCACUGAUGCCCAACAGUCUCACGUGAUACACAGCAGCAACACUAAAAGCCAAGGAGACAGUCAUCAGCCCCUCAAACGCUCAAGUACUCUUAUGGAGACACGUUCCCCAGAUACCCCUACUGCUACGAUCUACCAUCACCCUCUGCCCAUUACCAUGCACGCACAGCCGCAGGUAAUUUGUUUCUCUCCUCCAGUGCAGCCAUCACCAGUCCCUCCAGACCACUUUCAGUCCACACAGAGAAAAAUGCUCUUGGAUCCCACGACUGGAAGUUAUUAUUUGGUUGACACUCCUGUCCAACCAUCCACAAGGCGACUUUAUGACCCAGAAACAAGGCAGUAUGUUGAUGUCCCCAUGCCACAACACCCCCCCAUGACCCCUGUACCUGUACCUAUCUCCCCUCUCGCCCUUAGCCCUGGAGGUUAUGGUCACACCUACAUGUUCUACCCAGGAUACAUGGCCUCCACAGUGAUUCCUGCCAGGACCAUUCAGUCUCAGCUUUCCAUGCAGUCAGAGGUGGAAGCAGGAGACAACUCCCACACAGGGCAGCAGGGAGAUGGAGCCUACAUAGAAAACCCUUAUUAUAUGCCUUCUGGGAAAUCUCUGCAGUUAACUCCAGGUGCUCAGCAUGUCACCACUGGCAGGGUCACCAACAGCAAGGUACCUGUCAUCAGCAUCACCUCCCAGCAAGGGCCCAGGAUCAUCGCACCUCCCUCCUUUGAUGGUACCACUAUGAGUUUUGUGGUGGAGCACAGAUAACUGCCUGGCCACUUACAAUGAGCUGCCUAUAAUACGGCCAGUGAGCACUUCCAAGAUCUGACGUGUCUUCUAUUUUCUUUUACUGAUACAUGUAAUGUUUGUCCAUGGUUUCCUUCAACAAGAAGAGCCUUACCGUUAUCAUUCAUCAUUUGCCUAGUCAUGUAAUGCAGUUCUUUAUUCUUUUCAUCAUCUGUUUGCAGUGCAACUAUGCAGUGUCUGUUUCUUUGUAUCGCUCUUUUGCACCUUUGAGAAAUUGGUUGAAAAGGAUUUUGAAAAUGAGAGCGAGGGCUUAAUGCUAUAGCAUUUCAGGUUAAAGCAAAAAAAAAAAAGAAAAAGAAAAAGAAAAAAAGGGUCCCCUGUAUAUUAUCAAGUCAUAAAGAAACCUACAGUAAAGCAAGAUCUAGUUUCUAAAUGGCCAAUUUAAGAGGAACUCUCUAAAAUCUUAAUAUUAAAGCGUUCCUGUUUAAGAGUAAUUCACAUAACAUUGCCAAAAGUGACGAAAACAGUAUCACAAAUGAUCCUACAAGGUCGCUGCCAGCAAUUAACGGCAUGAAUCAAGUUUGUGUGCUUGAUGUAUAAUGACAUUAAGGUUUAUAAAGGUGUCAUUUGCAGGAGUAUUAAAUAUGAGUUGCUGGAUGUCAUCAUCUCACCUAUUAGGUUAUGGAAUACAGCUGAAGAUCAACGUUUACAAAAUGUUACUUGGCCACAUGGCAACUGCAGUUAUGCAGCUCAGAUGAACCACAAAUAUCAUCAAACUAUAUCAAACAAAGACUGUAGUCUACAGACUGCUAUUACAGAUUCACUGAUGGAAGGCAGCAGUAAAUAUCAACAGGAAUUGGCUGAUGUACAGGUCUUCCUGAAAAACUCAUGAAUGAAAACCAAUGGCACAUGUCAUAUAAAAAGUAAUAUGUUUUCUUUUAUAUAUUUAUAUUAAGCAAUUUUGGACAAACAAGAGUGCGGUUAUACUGAACAUUGUCAUGGCUGAGUCGCUGCAGGCGCGAGCCCGCAGGGUGAGUCCUAAUAUUCAGUAUAACUGCAUGAUUGCAAGUGCGAUAUUGUUUUUAUACAACAGGUCAAUAAGCAAGAAAUUGAUAUCAUGUAUGAGUGACUUUAAUAUGAUUGACAUUUCGGAUACAAUAUGGCCAAAUGUUCUGUUUAUUUUUGCUCCGCGAGUGGAAAUAGAUUCUGAAGAAGACACGCUGACUUUAUAGCAUGUUGGCUAGCUCACACUGAUCUGUACAUUCCCGUUAAAGGUGCUUUGGGUGAAACUGGUGUCCCUUCUUCCUUUUCAUGUUCAACUGAUGAGCUUUCAUAUUUUUUUUGUUUCGUUUUGUUUCAAUCGGGCACCACUCGAACUGAUGAUCACAUCAUCAUCUUUUCUUUGGCUAAUCAGACACAAGGUACACCACCACUCUUGCCAGAGCAGUUGGGGGUUAGGUGCCGUGCUCAAGGGCACUUCAACCAGUCCUGCUGAUCCAGGGAAUCGAACCAGCAACCUUUUGGUCCCAAAGCUGCUUCUCUAACCAUUAAGCCAUAGCUUCCCCCAGUUUUUUCUUUCACAUUUUAAGAAAAAAAGUUAUAUUUCUGAAAAAUAUCCCAUACCAUAUCUGUUGAUGAUAUUGCUAACACUACUGUAGUAACUGUUUCAGACUAGGCAGUGGAAUUUUUACAUGGCGAACUGAAAUGAAAGGAGUGAUACACAAAGUGAAACAUCCCAGUGCGAUUAAAGGAAAUAUAGGCACUCUUGGGACGGCAUGGUGGUGUAGUGGUUAGCACUGUCGCCUCACAGCAAGAAGGUUCUGGGUUCGAGCCCAGUGGCUGACAGAGGCCUUUCUGUGUGGAGUUUGCAUGUUCUCCCCGUGUCUGCGUGGGUUUCCUCCGGGUGCUCCGGUUUCCCCCACAGUCCAAAGACAUGCAGGUUAGAUUAGGUUAAACUUUAUUGAUCCCUUUGGGAGGGUUCCCUCAGGGAAAUUAAGAAGGUUAGGCUAAUUGGUGGCUCUAAAUUGACUGUAGGUGUGAAUGGUUGUUUGACUGUAUGUGUCAGCCCUGCAAUGACCUGGCGACUAGUCCAGGGUGUACCCCGCCUCUCGCCCAUAGUCAGCUGGGAUAGGCUCCAGCUUGCCUGCGACCCUGCACAGGAUGAGUGGUUACAGAUAUUGGAUGGAUGGAUAGGCACUCUUGGAAUGCUGCUCGACUAAUCAAAUUAGUGGACCGGAACUAACUGUUGCGUAAAUAUGUUUAUAUUCUAUUAUAUGUUAUAUAUUUAGGUCAUUCUUAUUCUUAUGGUAGGGGUCAUGAGCUGGCGGACCGUGUUCCGUAUGUGGACCCAACAAAGUUUUUCAGCCUAACGAACUGAGUACUUGAAAAUGUAGCUGAGAUAAACAUUAAAGAAAGAACCUGGCUAUAGUUCAGCGACUCUAGUUUACAUAAACCAGCUUGGCUUUCUUAGCAGAGCAUCGGAGCAGAUCCUAGCUACAGCGCUAGAGAUAGUAGGUCUGAAAGAGGGGGCGAGUUUAUACAGCAUUUCAGAGAUUUUUAUUUCACCUUUCUUCAUUGUAAAUAACCUCUCUAGUAUGAUUUGCUUAACUGACGCUUAAAACAAACGAAUGAAAAUUCAAAAUUACUUUCUGUUCAGAGUCUGUCAUGUUAGUCAAAAGUAACUUGAAGCACCACUAUGAAGCAAAGCAUGUCCACUUGAAGUUGUCUUAUUUUAAGCAUUAAAAGAUAACUUGCCCCAAUUUAGGAAUUUUGUGCAGCCUCACACAUUUUAGUUUAAUGCCCUGCCCUAGAGCAUAAUCUGCUAUAUAAGAAACUAGCAGGUUACCCGGCAUUCCUUGGGUUUUGCAAAAUUCUGGGUUGCCCCCAGACUUCCAUGUCAAAUUUGGUGAAGACCGUCGAGAAAUGGUGAUGUUAAUCCAAGACAAACAAAAAUCCAAACAUCCACCACCCAGGGGCCCACCAGGGACCCCCUGGGGCCCAAAUAUGGAAUUUCUGAGUUCUGCCAAAUUGUGGCUAUUUCCUGUACCUACGUGCCAAGUUUAGUGAAGAUCUGUUGAGAGUUUGUGUUGAUAAAUGUAACGUGAAAGGCAUUGGGGUGGGUGGAUGUUGUCCCCCCCCCCCCCCCCGGGACUUCCCUGGGGCCUGUACAUGAAUUUUGUUUAUAUCUGCAAAAUUCCGGGUCAUCCCUGGACCUACUUGCCAAAUUUGGUGAAAAUCCAUCAAGAAAUGGCGACGUUAGCUCAAGACAAAGAACAAACUUUGCAGCUUAUUAUAUAGGUAGAUGUGUAAAUAUUCAAAUUAAAUAUAUUUUACAAUACAAAUCCUAUACCUGUGAAGGUUCUCAGU